GGUACAGUCCUUUUCUCGACGCUCAAUGGUUGGCGCCGGGUGGUGUCCACAUGGCUUUCUGAGUAAAAUCCUCCUUUCUUACUAAAUAUUACGAUUCUUUUCAUUGACCGAACAAAAAAAAUUACAUCAAUGCGUGAAACAGAGGAUAUGGAGGCCGAGAUGGACUUUGAUGAUGGCGAAGAGCCUUCAUUCAGUGAUCCAGAGGAUUUCGAGGAUGACUUAAGUGACCAGGAGCUUUUGGAAGAUCUCCUCGGGGAAAAACCUCAGGAGGCAGAUGGCAUUGACUCCGUUAUAGUGGUGGACAAUGUGCCCCAGGUUGGACCAGAACGUUUGGAGAAACUAAAAAAUGUAAUCCACAAGAUCUUCUCUAAAUUUGGCAAAAUCACCAAUGAGUUUUACCCUGACACUGAGGGCAAAACCAAGGGGUAUAUAUUUUUGGAGUAUUCUGCACCUUCUCAUGCACAGGAAGCAGUGAAGAAUGCAGAUGGCUACAAAUUGGAUAAACAGCACACUUUCCGUGUCAACCUUUUCACAGAUUUUGAUAAGUACAUGAAUAUCAGUGAUGAAUGGGAAGCACCAGAGAAGCAGCCAUUUAAAGAUUUUGGUAAUCUGCGCCACUGGAUGGAGGAUCCUGAUUGUCGUGAUCAGUACAGUGUGAUUUAUGAAGCUGGUGAAAGGACAGGCAUAUUUUCCAAUGAUGCCAAAGAUGCAAUCACAGUGGAAGAGCGAGCGCGCUGGACCGAAACUUACGUGCGCUGGUCUCCCAAGGGUACCUAUCUCGCUACAUUCCAUCAGAGGGGCAUUGCAUUGUGGGGUGGGGAGAAGUUCAAGCAGAUCCAGAGGUUCAGCCACCAGGGUGUGCAGCUCAUUGACUUCUCUCCCUGCGAAAGGUAUGUGGUCACCUUUAGUCCCCUCAUGGACACGAAAGACGACCCCCAAGCAAUCAUCAUAUGGGAUGUCCUGACUGGACAGAAGAAGCGAGGCUUCCACUGUGAGAGCUCUGCCCACUGGCCCAUUUUUAAAUGGAGCAAUGAUGGGAAGUUCUUUGCCAGAAUGUCUCAGGAUACGCUCAGCAUCUAUGAGACACCUUCCAUGGGUCUCUUGGAUAAGAAGAGUCUGAAGAUCAAUGGUAUUAAGGACUUCUCUUGGUCACCUGGUGACAACAUCAUUGCCUUCUGGGUCCCAGAAGACAAAGACAUCCCGGCAAGGGUGACUCUCAUGCAGCUUCCAACCAGGAAUGAGAUCCGGGUGCGCAAUCUGUUCAACGUUGUGGACUGCAAGCUCCACUGGCAGAAAAAUGGCGACUACCUGUGUGUUAAAGUCGACAGGACCCCCAAAGGCACACAGGGGGUUGUCACCAACUUUGAGAUUUUCCGGAUGAGGGAGAAGCAGGUCCCUGUGGAUGUGGUUGAGAUGAAGGACAGCAUCAUUGCGUUUGCCUGGGAGCCCAAUGGCAGCAAGUUUGCUGUGCUUCAUGGCGAGUCUCCCAGAAUCAACGUUUCUUUUUACCAUGUCAAGAGCAAUGGGAAGAUUGAUCUGAUCAAAAUGUUCGACAAACAGCAAGCAAACAGCAUUUUCUGGAGUCCCCAGGGUCAGUUCUUGGUGUUGGCUGGAUUGAGGAGCAUGAACGGUGCUUUAGCUUUUGUGGACACCUCAGACUGCACCAUGAUGAACAUCGCCGAACACUACAUGGCCUCAGACGUGGAGUGGGACCCCACCGGUCGCUUCUUGGUGACCUCUGUCUCCUGGUGGAGCCACAAGGUGGACAAUGCCUACUGGCUGUGGACCUUCCAGGGCCGCCUGCUGCAGAAGAACAACAGGGAUCGCUUCUGCCAGCUGCUGUGGAGGCCACGGCCCCCCGUCCUCCUGUCCCAGGAGCAGAUCAAAACCAUCAAGAAGGACCUGAAGAAAUACUCCAAGAUAUUCGAGCAGAAAGAUCGUCUCAGUCAAUCCAAGGCCUCCAAGGAACUGAUUGACAAGAGACGUAACAUGAUGGACGAGUACCGCCAGUAUCGUGACGCUGCCCAAAAGGUGUACCAGGAGCAGAAACUUCUCCGUCUGGAGCUCAGAGGAGGAGUGGACACCGAUGAACUGGACAGCAAUGUGGAUGACUGGGAGGAGGAGACCAUUGAGUUUUUCAUCAAUGAAGAAGUUAUUCCCUUCGGCGAGCUGUAGUCCUAGGACCAGCUUGGUGAUUUGGAGAGGAAUUGGUGUGGAUUUCAAAAGCAUCAGUUGUCUCUCUCUGGGCCUCGGGGAAUCUCUUCAAGCCUAUAAUAAUCCUUGUCUUGUAGAAUUGCCAUCGAUCACUAGUGCCUUUUAAUAUUGGUGGCUGCUGUGGGAGAGUCGUGAAGCCUCUGUGGAUUUGCUCCUCUGGCACCUACUCCAGUUCCAACAGGACCUCACUCUGUCUCCAACACUUUGGACCCCAUCUGGACACAGUCUGCUCUGUUGAGGGUUUUAAAAUCUCAAUUGUUUAAUCCUUUUUUCAGUGAUUGAGUUGAUUUUUUUUUUUCACCUCUGUCUCUUCUUUCAUAAUAUCAAAGGCUGUGGCCAUGUCACGACGUGCCAUGAACUUUUUUUACACCACAGAGUGGAAAGAAAAGUGUUGGUCUCAGACAUUUUUCCGCGAAGAUAAAAUGUGGUCUAGUGUGCCGACAUGGCACUACAGUGGGCUAUACCCUCCCCCUUUCAGAUUACCUUAUAUUAAAAUGUGCACGAAGAUGAAUAAAGAAUAUACUUACAAAUGUA